AUGGCAUAUGGGUUGGUGAAGGAGUGCAAGCACGGAAGCGAAGCAGAUGGUGUUGUCUUUUUCCUUGCCUUGUUGUUUAUGCUACAGCAUACUGGCUCGGAACCGGGUUCGCGAUCCGGAACACCGUCGAAGGGGCCGAAAGGUGCCGCGCCACCCGAGGCAGCAUUGAAUGUCACGAUUGAAAGUCCGCCGCUCGUAUCAUAUGGAUUGCCGAAGGACUCGACGGGUGCGUUGCUGAGUGGUCAGUUUAAGUUGGUCGUGUUGGGGACGAGUAUUAGUGUGGAUACGCUCAAGCUGAGUUUGGUCGCCGAGGUUACUACACGGAGGCCUGUUGUUUCUAAUUGCGCGGCUUGUACGACUCGAACUACGGUCAUUCACACUUGGACAUUCUUCGAAGCGCCGGUUACCUUGAGAAACGGCACGCAUUCGUACCCGUUUUCCUAUCUCAUCCCGGGUCAUCUGCCAGCAUCCACAACCUCUGCGUUGGCAGGCAUCAGUUACUGCCUCGUCGGAUCGUGCACUCCGUCGAAUAAGCAUCAACAACCCCUCGAGUUUACCCGACCACUUCACCUCGCGCGAGCAAUCCUCCCAGGACCGGACAAGCAGUACAUCCGUGUCUUCCCUCCAACAUCACUCACAGCAUCCAUCACACUUCCAAACGUCGUCCAUCCUGGAUCCGACUUUAUCCUCGAAGUUACGUUCACGGGUACGAACUCGUCGCCAACUACUCGAUGGCGUCUCCGAAAGAUGACUUGGCGCGUCGAUGAGUAUGCGAAGGUCAUCUCGCCCGCUUGCAAAGAACACGAAGCCAAGCUCGGCGGCGCCGGGAAAGGUAUCCUGUACGAGGAGACCCGCACAGUCGGUGCCGGUGAGAUGAAGACUGGUUGGAAGACGGAUACGUCCGAGGGUAAAGUCGAAGCCGAAGUCCACUGUGGUACGCAUAUACUCGCACACCCUGCCUGCGCAGUCGAGUCUGCAGCUGGUAUCGCUGUCUCUCACAAGUUCAUCUUCGAGGCUGUCGUAGUCGAGGAGAACCGCCCAUCACCAGGUCAACCACAUGGUGCAGCAACAGGCGCCGCGAGGGUAUUGCGAUUGCAGUUCCCGUUGGUUCUCACUGAUCGACCUGGGCUGGGAGUUAGUUGGGAUUUGGAGUGUCCGCCAUUGUAUGAGGAUGUCGCCGACGAGGGACCGCCGAAGUUCGAGGAUGUUGCUGGAAAGGGAUUGCUGGGUCUUCCGGAAGUACCGAGAUAUUCGAGUCCUCCUGCUGCGAUGGAUAAUGGCGAGGGCCCUUCGAGGCCGCCUCCACACAGAAGACCGUUUGCUGCUGCUGAUCAGAGAUGGGUGAUUGAGGAAGGACAAUGA